AUGCUUUUUUCGUUGACUGUUACUAACAACCAGGCUGCUUGGGUCAAGCAUUUGUCCAAGUCAUAUCCAACAUUGGCGUUCCACGCCUCGAUCAAAAACUCGUUCGGUAAGGGUUCUUUGAUCCAGUUGUUGCGUCAGUUCUCCACUUUGCAUUCGGACCGUAAGCAGGUUUCUGUCGGUUUCAUCGGCUACCCUAACACCGGUAAGUCUUCCAUUAUCAACACCUUGCGCCAGAAGAAAGUGUGCCAGGUUGCACCCAUUCCCGGCGAGACCAAGGUGUGGCAGUACAUCACGUUGAUGAAGAGAAUCUUCUUGAUUGACUGUCCAGGUAUCGUGCCUCCUAGUAACAGAGACACCGAAUCUGACAUUUUGUUCAGAGGUGUGGUUAGAGUCGAGCAUGUCACCAAUCCUGAGCAGUAUAUCCCAGAUAUGCUUGAAAAGUGUGAGAGAAAGCACUUGGAGAGAACCUACGAGAUCAAGGGCUGGAGUAAUUACGAGGAGGACCCUUCGCUUCUAGAGAAGGCCAGUACGGAGUUCAUCGAGCUCAUUGCCAGAAAACAAGGUAGAUUGUUGAAGGGUGGUGAGCCUGACGAGGGUGCUGUUGCCAAACAGGUCUUGAAUGAUUUCAACAGAGGAAAGAUUCCAUGGUUCGUUCAGCCCCCUAAGGAUGAAGAGGUGAGAACCGGUGAGGACAAGAAGGCUGAGUUCAAGAGAAAGAGAGCUGAAAGAGAGAUCGAGAAGGAAGCUCAAGAGUCUGCCAAGAGACUCAAGUUGGAUGAAGAGGAUGAUGAAGAGAAGGAGGAGGCAGAAGAGGCAGAGGAGGAGCCCUCCCCAGAGAAAGAAUAA